CAUUCAACUUUCCAGUUUUUAUUUUUUAUUUUCAAUACCGAAUUACCGAUUCUGCUUCCAACCAAAUAUAGGACGCUCUGAUUCUAGGGUUUCAAUCUCAUUUCAUUUUUUCCCCUGCAUUUCGCCUUCUGUUUUUUUAUAGGGAGGAGAAGUAUUUCUUAGAUCUUAGAGGCUGUUGAGAUCAUGUUUUCAGAAGAUUAUUUUUCUUUGUUAUUUUAAGCUCGCAAACGAACAAUUUGUAGAUUUGUGGAAAUAACUCCAUCUUUGUGUGGGAUCUGGUCAUUGUUUGCUUAGAUAUUCUUCCUAUUUGUGGCCGAGCUUCUAUUUCUCUCUAUAUUUCUCGGAAUUCUAUGCUGCCGAAAAUAAUUUCGUAAAGAUACAAUGGCUAUGAUCGAUGAGCCGCUGUAUCCGAUUGCCGUUUUGAUAGAUGAGCUGAAAAAUGAAGACAUUCAGCUUCGGUUAAACUCCAUCCGUAGGCUCUCCACAAUUGCUCGUGCGCUUGGUGAGGAGAGAACAAGAAAGGAAUUGAUUCCUUUUCUCAGCGAGAACAAUGACGAUGAUGAUGAAGUACUUCUUGCCAUGGCGGAGGAGCUGGGGGUAUUUAUUCCCUAUGUAGGGGGAGUGGAAUAUGCACAUGUUUUGCUUCCUCCACUGGAGACUCUUUGCACCGUUGAGGAAACUUGUGUAAGAGACAAAGCCGUGGAGUCAUUAUGUCGGAUUGGGGCUCAGAUGAAGGAGAAUGAUCUGGUUGACUGGUUUAUUCCUUUGGUGAAGAGGCUGGCAGCUGGUGAAUGGUUUACAGCUCGAGUUUCCUCAUGUGGACUCUUUCAUAUUGCCUAUCCUAGUGCACCAGAGAUGUUGAAAACAGAAUUGCGGUCAAUAUACAGCCAAUUGUGUCAAGAUGACAUGCCAAUGGUCAGAAGAUCAGCUGCUUCAAACCUGGGAAAAUUUGCUGCUACUGUUGAGCCCACCCAUCUGAAGACAGACAUCAUGUCUAUAUUUGAGGAUCUUACACAGGAUGAUCAAGAUUCUGUCCGGCUGUUGGCUGUUGAGGGUUGCGCUGCACUUGGGAAGUUGUUGGAACCUCAGGACUGUGUAGCCCAUAUCCUCCCGGUCAUUGUUAAUUUCUCUCAGGAUAAAUCUUGGCGUGUUCGCUACAUGGUUGCAAAUCAACUAUAUGAGCUUUGUGAAGCUGUUGGGCCUGAGCCUACUAGGACGGACUUGGUUCCUGCAUAUGUUCGGCUACUUCGAGAUAAUGAGGCUGAAGUACGUAUAGCAGCUGCAGGAAAAGUAACUAAGUUUUGCCGUAUCUUGAAUCCACAACUUGCAAUUCAACAUAUUCUACCUUGUGUUAAGGAGUUGUCAUCAGAUUCUUCCCAGCAUGUACGUUCUGCUUUGGCUUCGGUAAUAAUGGGCAUGGCACCAGUUUUAGGAAAGGAUGCAACAAUUGAGCAACUUCUUCCAAUUUUUCUUUCCCUUCUAAAAGAUGAAUUUCCUGAUGUCCGGCUCAAUAUCAUUAGCAAGCUUGAUCAAGUGAACCAGGUCAUUGGAAUUGACCUGUUGUCCCAAUCCCUGCUCCCAGCUAUUGUUGAGCUCGCUGAGGACAGACAUUGGAGGGUUCGGCUUGCAAUUAUAGAGUACAUACCACUAUUGGCAAGUCAAUUGGGUGUAGGGUUUUUUGAUGACAAGCUUGGUGCUCUUUGCAUGCAAUGGUUGGAAGAUAAGGUGUACUCAAUUCGUGAUGCAGCAGCAAAUAAUUUGAAGCGUCUUGCAGAAGAGUUUGGUCCUGAUUGGGCAAUGCAACAUAUAAUUCCACAGGUUCUGGAAAUGAUUAACAAUCCUCACUAUCUUUAUCGGAUGACCAUUCUUCAUGCAAUUUCUCUACUUGCCCCUGUUAUGGGUUCAGAAAUCACUUGUUCAAAAUUGCUACCAGUGGUGAUCAAUUCAUCAAAGGACCGGGUACCAAACAUCAAAUUCAAUGUGGCAAAGGUGUUGCAGUCACUCAUUCCCAUAGUUGACCAGUCUGUGGUGGAGCAGACAAUCCGUCCCUGCUUGGUGGAGCUCAGUGAGGACCCAGAUGUGGAUGUUAGAUUUUUUGCCAGCCAAGCACUCCAGACAAGUGAUCAAGUCAUGAUGUCUAGCUAGACGUGCUUGUUCAGGAUUUUUUCCCUUUCUGAUUUGGAAGUUCCAGCUGAAUCCACAUUUGUCUUGAAGAAACAUGUGACCUGGGUUGCUAGAAUUUCACCACAUCAAACCUCAUUUUUUCCCAUCUUUUCUACUGCUUGGAGUGCUUCCUUGUUUUUGUAUCCAUAUGGCUAACAUGUAUUGAGUUUUCAGUUGAACUCCAUUCAGUGCUAGUGCUAUGUCAAAAAUUUACCAUUUGUGCCUCGUUUUAACUUUA